AAUACUACACUAUCAUCACAUGUUAUUCCCCUCCACCAAAACCAAAGCUAAGCCAAAAUGCUUGCUCUCUUUUUGCCUCAUGCAUGCCCUUGCCUUUGUUUCUACGCGGUUCUUGUUCUCAGUGCUUUAGUAUUAUUUUUAAUGGGGAAAAUUCUAUUCUUUUCUUAUAAUCAGGAAUCCAUUUCUGAUAUUCCACCUGGUAGCAGAGGAUUUCCAUUCAUUGGAGAGACCCUACAGUUCAUGGCUGCCAUCAAAAGUGGCAAAGGUUUCUAUGAGUUUGUUAGAAUUCGCCGGCAAAGGUAUGGAAAUUGCUUUAAGACUAGCAUAUUCGGGCAGACCCACGUUUUUGUUUCAAGCACAGGGUCAGCCAAAACAAUCUUGAAUAACGAGUCUGGUAAAUUUACGAAGAGAUAUAUUAAAUCAAUUGCAGAGCUUGUGGGGGAUCAAAGCCUAUUAUGUGCUUCUCACCUACAUCACAAGCUGUUACGCAGUCGUUUGAUAAAUCUUUUCUCGACCAGUUUCCUUUCAGUUUUCAUCAAACAAUUUGAUGAAUUGAUUGUGAAAAGUCUUGACACUUGGGAAAAUGAAGCAACUGUCACUGUACUUGACCAGGCCCUUAAGAUAACCUUCAAAGCCAUGUGCAAGAUGUUGAUGAGAAUGGAGGAUGAAGAGGAGAUAGAAGAAUUGCAAAAGGACAUAACUUACGUGUGUGAAGCCAUGCUUGCAUUCCCUUUGAGGUUCCCUUGGACUAGAUUCUACAAAGGGCUCAAGGCCAGGAAAAGAAUUAUGAGCACACUAGAAAUAAUGAUGACCCAAAGAAGAAGAAAGUGUUCAUCACAUGCCAAUCAAGAUGAUUUUCUGCAACAUCUUUUGGUUUGCGGUGAUAAAUCAUCUUCUGAUGAAGUCUCUAAGCUUACAGAUUCAGAGAUAAAGGAUAAUAUAUUAACCAUGAUCAUUGCAGGUCAAGAUACAACAGCAAGUGCUAUCACAUGGAUGGUCAAGUAUCUGGGCGAAAAUGAAAAUGUUUUACACAAACUUUGUGCUGAGCAAUUUCACAUUGCGGAGAAAAUUUCCAAGAGGUCAUUUGUAACUCUAGAAGAUUUUAAUGAUAUGCCAUUUGCUUCUAAGGUAGUUAAAGAAUCCCUAAGGAUGGCAUCUAUAGUUCCUUGGCUACCGAGAUUAGCACUUGAAGAUUGUGAGAUUGAAGGAUUUAAGAUAAAGAAAGGUUGGAAUAUCAACAUUGAUGCUAGAUCAAUACACCUUGAUGAUAUUCUAUUUGAGGAACCCGAUAAGUUCAAUCCUUCAAGAUUUGAUGAUGAGUCCAAGCCAUAUAGCUUCUUAGGAUUUGGGAUUGGAGGAAGGGCAUGCCUGGGAAUCAACAUGGCUAAGGCCAUGAUGCUGGUCUUCCUCCACCGUCUUGUCACCACUUACAAGUGGAAGGUGAUAGAUUCAGACUCAAGUACUGAGAAGUGGGCACUCUUCUCAAGGUUAAAAUCUGGUUGUCCUGUACAAGUCACACGUAUUACUCGCAAAAGGGAAGAGUAAAGAAAGCUCUGUUUGAGUGUAGAGAUAAAUGGGUAGUUAAAGUGACGAUUAGGCAGGUUUUACCUAAUCUUACCGGUUAAUUUUUAUGUUCUAGUCCAAAUCUUGUUUGCGUGACACAAGUGAAUAACAAAGAAAAAUGAUACAUUGUGUUGAUUUUAGAUGCAUAAAAA